CGUUCACGUCGUAGUCGCCGUCGUCGGGUCCGCCGUCACCGUCACCAGCCAACGUCACCCGACCAGGUUUCGCAGCUGUCAUCGUCAGGAGAGUUCAGAAAGCUUGAAGCACCACCUCAAAAUUGUUGAAGAGCGAGAAACAGGUGGAGAACGGCACGAUGACAAGACUCAUCACGGCGUUACUGCUGCUGCAGGCUAUCGCGAGGUUCGGUCGCGUGGCAGCCGCGGAUUCCACGCAUGCGACCGAGCAGCAACCGGCCCCUUCCGCGGUGCCGUCUGGAUUUUCUGGGCCAGAUUACACGGGCCCGUCCGCCGGUUCCGACGAGUGCGACCCAGAAAUGGUCGGCUUCGAGCUGGUGACGGGCUACGUGUACACCGCGCCCACGAACAUGCUCGAGUCCAUACCAGGCACGCUGAUGCUCACCGAUUGCCUGGAGACCUGUCAGGCGAACGACUCCUGCCAGGCGGUCAACUACGAGACGGGCCUAUGCGUUCUGUUCAGCUCGAACGCCGACAGUAACCCAGGUGCACUGUCGCAAUCGCAGUUCCCGGUGUUUACGAUCUACGCUCAGAAGAGCUGCCUGGCUGUGAAGCCAUGUGAACGCGCAUGGUGCAUCGACAGGGUUCAGGGCCAUCGCCUUCAGGGCCACGUACGCAGAACGAUGAGCGCCUCCUCCCGACAGCACUGUUUGGAGCUCUGUUUAGGCGAGAGGGACUUCCUGUGUCGAUCUGCGAACUACGCGAACGCAACGAAGCAGUGCGAGCUUUCCGACAUGGAUAGACUGACGGUGGCUGGAUCGAGCGCGUUCCAAAUCGCCAAGGGAUUCGAUUAUCUCGAAAAUCAUUGCGUGGACGAGCCCGUAAAACUGUGCGAAUUCAAGAAACUGUCUGGCCGUAUACUGAAGACCGUCGAUUCCGUUUAUCAAGAUGUCGGUAGCGCCGAAGAGUGCCGCGAGCUUUGUCUUAACUCGCCGUUCCGUUGCCAUUCUUACGAUUACGGUGACACUGGCGAUAUGGUCUGCCGACUCAGCCAUCAUUCCAGAGCUACACUUUCGGAUAUCCAGGAACCUUAUCUGGACGUGCCCGAGGGAUCGACGUACGAAUUGAGCUCUUGCUACAACGUGACCAUCGACUGCCGCGCGGGCGAUAUGGUGACGCGAAUUCAGACCAGCAAGCUAUUCUACGGCAAGGUGUACGUGAAGGGGUCGCCGAAUUCGUGCGUGCAGGACGUGAAGGGUGCCUUGGAGUUCGAGCUCCGAAUGGCGUACGACGAUCUCGAGUGCAACAUCAGACAACAGGGCCUGGGCCGGUACCUGAACGACGUCGUGAUCCAACACCACGACACCAUUGUCACCAGCUCGGAUCUCGGGCUGGCCGUCACCUGUCAAUACGAUCUGACCAACAAAACGGUGUCGAACGAAGUCGAUCUCGGCGUGCACGGUGACAUAACGCCCGCGCUGUCCGAGGAGGUGAUCGUCGACUCGCCCAACGUCGCCAUGAAGAUCACCGAUCGCAGCGGAAACGAGGCCAUCCCGUCGGCCGAAGUCGGUGAUCCACUGGCGCUCAAGUUCGAGAUCCUCGACCCGAACAGCCCCUAUGAGAUCUUCGUCCGUGAGCUGGUCGCCAUGGACGGCGUCGACUCCAGCGAGAUAGUCCUAAUUGACUCGGACGGUUGCCCGACCGAUCACGUCAUCAUGGGACCGCUCUACAAGUCGGUUAACAGCGGCAAGAUUCUCCUCUCGCAUUUCGACGCGUUCAAAUUCCCGAGCUCCGAGGUGGUGCAAUUCCGCGCACUGGUGACGCCUUGUAUGCCGACUUGCGAGCCAGUGCAGUGCGACCAGGAAGAGAUGACGGGCGAGCUCCGUUCGGUGAUCUCAUACGGCAAGCGCCGUCGUCGUCGUUCGACGGCUGCUUCGGCCCAGAGCCGCGAGGAUUUGCUCCUGGUGCAAUCGAUCCAGAUCACGGACAAGUUCGGUUUCGAACACGACAGCAAGGCGUCGAACGCUAGCACGGCGACUAGGGACACCGUUUUCGUCGAGAGCGAGGACGUGUCGUCGACGAUGGGCAUGUGCAUCAAUCUGGGCGAGGCGAUCGUCGCUGGAACCGUGUUCCUCGUCGCUCAGAUCGCGAUCAUCAUCGCGUGGACCUUCUCCUGGCAGAGACGUCGCCAGAUGCUGAAGCAUCAGGAGGCCCUCUCGGUGUCGGUUUCCGUCCCCGGGAUGCAUUCCGGGCCGGGACGCACCGACAGCCUCUGUAAGUUGUACGACGCCGGAUAUUCGGCGCGCCGUUUUUGAAUAGGCUUCGUUUCCUGUCUCCCCGGCGGCGUCUCGUCUUCCUAUCGACAUCAGCGUUCGGCCGACUUCGCGGAGUAUCCUCCGGGCAAAUAAGCAUCCCUCCGAUAGUCGCCGAAAUCUCGAGAGCUUCCCAUCAUUUUUGGCUGCGUCUCACGCUUCCAAAUCGAAAUCUUCCCGCCGGCGAUAACCGCGAGACAGUACACCGAAGGAAUCCAAUUGGUAAUGUGUAGCAAUUGCAAUCGGGACUCGUGCAAAUCAUCUACGGUACACGUAAUCGGUAAGUCUCAUUGGUACAUCGGACGAGUUUUGAAAAUAUCUUCGUAUCGAUAGAAGACAGUUCACGCUCUCUCUUCUUUUUUUAUGUUAUAAGAACUAUCACACGCAUACUCUUCUAAGGAUAAACGAUCGAACACCGCAUUCAUUAAUUUCCGCUUAAGAACAUUCACGAGUCACGGCCAUCGAUAAAAAGUCCAUGAAAUACUUUUAAUCGCGGUUAUGCAAAAAACUCGAGAACCAGUUGCCUUUUGCGAUCGCCGAUUUCUUCCCCGGCUGCGAAACGGUCGCGCAUCCUCUAUCGCGCCCCUUUUUUGCGGUUCCGCUCACCUGCCGCUGCAUGGCAGGCGUCAAUUAACGUGAUGCGUACAACUAACCACCAUGAAACGCGAUAAAAUCGUCGACUGCUCCCGAUUUAUUUUCGCGGCCGAUAGCGAAACGAUCCCGUCAGCUGCCCGUCGAUGGGCUAAUUUUAUUAAAAGGAGUCGUCGAAUCGCGUUAAUUAACGGCUGCCAUCGUAACGCAACAAUUGCUCUAGGGACUCGACGUGCCACACAGUGGCAAGCUGGUAGAAGCAAUUAGGCGAUCAAAGCGGCCGACUCGAUCGAUUAUCUUGCAGCUUCGUCAUUCCUCGUUCAUGAUAGCGCAUAAUCCCUCUUGUUUUCUUGCGACGUUUCUCCCCUUAUUCUUCCACUCACAAUCAGUCCAUAUUUUUCCUGUCGUUCAUAAAUGCGAAACGAGACGGGAUGAAGCGAAAUGGACCGAAGCAGGACGAGGCGUGGUGCUGU